UUGUUCAUCACCGAAUCAACAAUGGGACCCUUCAUUCUGUUCUUCGUUGCCAUGGCGACGGCCUCUCCAGUGCGCAGGCAGAGCACGUUUGGCAUAAUGGACCUUGACGGUGAUGGCAGACUCUCCAAGUCCGAGGUGUUGGCCAGCAUGACUCUGGAUCAGGCUAUCCUAGCCGUGGACCACGACGGCGACGGGUUCUUCAGCCCGCUGCAAGUCUUUCAGCUGACGGACGACGCGCAAAUCUUCCACGUUCUCGACGCCGACCACGACGGCAGAGUCAGUUACGACGAGGUUCGCGCGGGAACCAACAUGGCGCGCAUCUUCGACAGGGAGGACACCAACAUGGACGGGUACCUGGACGGCCCAGAGGCAGAUAAGAUAGUUUUCAUCUUCACGGAGGUCUUCACGCACGGCCUGUGGUACUACAGCAGGGACCAGAUAGACGCGGACGGGGACCAGCUUCUGUCCAAGGACGAGGUUCUGAACGCCAUCACCCUGGACCAGGUCUUUGCUGCGGCGGACGACGACCAAGACGGCGCCUUCAGCCAAGUUCAGAUGGAGGUCACCUUUAACCCCACGACCUUCCAGACGCUCGACGCCAACGCGGACGGCAAGGUCAGCUUCGGCGAGUUCCGCAAGGUCAUGGACAUGGGAGACGUCUACGACUUCAACGACAUAGACGGAAGUGGGUUCCUGGAAGACCCUGAGCAGAGGAGCAUCGUGGGCGUGUACAACCUGAUCCAGAACGUGGGGGCCGCGUUCCCAGCCGACCCGAACCUGGACACCGACGGCGACGGGAAACUGUCCAAGCAGGAGGUCAUGAGCGCCAUGACUCUGGAGCAAAUCAUGCUGGCAAACGAUGCUGAUGCUGACGGCAAGUUCUCCGAGAUCGACAUCUUGAGUUACUUCAGCCGGGACUACUUCGCGCGCAUGGACGCGGAUGGAGACGGGUUCGUCACCUUCGCGGAGAUGCGCGCCGUCAUCGACGUGGGGUCGUUCUUCGACUACUGCGAUGCCGAUGGUAACGGCUUUCUGGAGAGCCUGGAGCAGUAUAAGGUCAUCGCCCUGUACUACCCUAUUCUGUUCUACGAUUUUAGCAACACUGCCGGCACUAACUAAACUGCAGUUGGAUGGUCGGUCUUUGCAGCAUGAACAACGGGGAACAGCCUGGGCUUCUUCUGUAUACUGUAGUUCAAAGAAUAAAUACCGAUGAAAUGCAAU